AUGCCAUGUCAUGAGAAUGCCAGUUGUACAAACACUCCAGGAUCAUAUCAUUGUUCAUGUUUUGAUGGAUAUUUUGGAAAUGGAUCUUUCUGUCUCGCUGGUAAGACAAAUUUCGCGAUUUGAACAUUUAUAUCCAUGUGCAUGAAAUAACAUAUACCAUAGAAAUGUUAGUUGAAUUUCAUGCACGUACCUCCAUUGAAUUCACAUGCAUGUUUCGGCGUUCUACGCCUCAUCACUGCAGCUUGGUACACGUUAAGAUUCAUGAUAUCAUCGUAUUUAUACACACGAGCUUGCUCUAGACCAAACAUAUGGUACGACUCGACGGCAUCAACGCAUCUGGACAUGCGCAGAGUGUAUAAUGGGGCCAGAGUGCUCAAACGAUCACAAGGGAAGUGAGCUUUGCAUUAUCGCUAAUAGACACCCAUUAGGCAUUGCUCAUUAGCAGCUCCACGGAGUGUCCAACAACACCGAAGUUCAGGAGCGUAAUAGUACAACCUGCAGGCAUGCAUUUUACAGCCUUCGUUUAAUGUGAUAUUGUAGAUAAAUAUCAAGAAACGAUAUUUAUCAAGAAAUAUCAAGAAAUGAUAUUUAGAAUCAAACCUGCUGGCCUGCGAUUCCGGUGGAGCGCUCUGAUCACUGAGCUACAGAGUCAUGUAGCAAUGCAUUUUAUUGGAAAUGCCACCCUAGAUAUAAAUGUACAGAUCGCUGAAAAUUGUAAAAAUCGAAAAUUAAAUUGAAAAAUAUACUCAAUAUACUAGCUGUUUCACAAAUAUCCAUUUUAACACUCUAUCGCACCUGUAUGUAAAGUUAUUUUUUAAAAUCUUAUUGUUGAAGCAAAGACAACAGAGAGGGCACAGAUCACAGAAACAGGCAAGACAAGAGGAACAACAGAGAUGAUAAAAACGGAAGAGAUAACAGGAACAUUAAAGACAACAGCGACAACAGGAACGACACCAACUGUUCAUUCUAAAACAGGCAAGACAAGAAGAACAACAAAGAUGAUAGAAACGGAAGAGACAACGGGAAAAUUAAAGACAACAGCAACAACAGGAACGACACCAACUGUUCAUUCUAAAACAGGCAAGACAAGAGGAACAACAGAGAUGAUAAAAACGGAAGAGAUAACGGGAACAUUAAAGACAACAGCGACAACAGGAACGACACCAACUGUUCAUUCUAAAACAGGCAAGACAAGAAGAACAACAAAGAUGAUAGAAACGGAAGAGACAACGGGAAAAUUAAAGACAACAGCAACAACAGGAACGACACCAACUGUUCAUUCUAAAACAGGCAAGACAAGAGGAACAACAGAGAUGAUAAAAACGGAAGAGAUAACGGGAACAUUAAAGACAACAGCGACAACAGGAACGACACCAACUGUUCAUUCUAAAACAGGCAAGACAAGAAGAACAACAAAGAUGAUAGAAACGGAAGAGACAACGGGAAAAUUAAAGACAACAGCAACAACAGGAACGACACCAACUGUUCAUUCUAAAACAGGCAAGACAAGAGGAACAACAGAGAUGAUAAAAACGGAAGAGAUAACGGGAACAUUAAAGACAACAGCGACAACAGGAACGACACCAACUGUUCAUUCUAAAACAGGCAAGACAAGAAGAACAACAAAGAUGAUAGAAACGGAAGAGACAACGGGAAAAUUAAAGACAACAGCAACAACAGGAACGACACCAACUGUUCAUUCUAAAACAGGCAAGACAAGAGGAACAACAGAGAUGAUAAAAACGGAAGAGAUAACGGGAACAUUAAAGACAACAGCGACAACAGGAACGACACCAACUGUUCAUUCUAAAACAGGCAAGACAAGAAGAACAACAAAGAUGAUAGAAACGGAAGAGACAACGGGAAAAUUAAAGACAACAGCAACAACAGGAACGACACCAACUGUUCAUUCUAAAACAGGCAAGACAAGAGGAACAACAGAGAUGAUAAAAACGGAAGAGAUAACGGGAACAUUAAAGACAACAGCGACAACAGGAACGACACCAACUGUUCAUUCUAAAACAGGCAAGACAAGAAGAACAACAAAGAUGAUAGAAACGGAAGAGACAACGGGAAAAUUAAAGACAACAGCAACAACAGGAACGACACCAACUGUUCAUUCUAAAACAGGCAAGACAAGAGGAACAACAGAGAUGAUAAAAACGGAAGAGACAACGGGAACAUUAAAGACAACAGCAACAACAGGAGCGACACCAACUGUUCAUUCUGGUUCAGACAAAAGUGAUGACCAUCAUCCUACCACUACCGUCAUUGUGUUAGUAAUUACGUCAUUUAUUAUCGGGAUUAGUUUUGGUCUUUGUUGUAUAUGGUUUGUAUUUUUACGACGAUCACAAAGAAAGAAUAAAGUUCGCCCUAGUUCUACCCAGGACGAUGUUGAAGUAAACAUUUUUCGCUCACAACAAAAUGACGAUGUUGAUGCGACUAAAAACGACAAAAGCAAAUUAUUCGGUAAAAGAGGGAAAACGAACUCGAUAACAUCAAUAAAAUCAAAGAAAAGUUUUCAAGUUGUUUCCAAAGUGAGAUUUGAACUGAAUGAAGUGGAAAUAUGAUCUCUGAAACAUGGACGUCAAGUUAGUAUAUAUAUAAUAGUAUAAUACUACAGUCUAAAACUGCUGUUGUUCGGUUCCACUGUAGAAAUACUCGACCGACGAGAGCGGUAUCAUGCACAUAACUCUUUAUUAUGGUAAUAUACUGUAUUAAUUUAUUGAAGACUUAUUGAACUAUACUCGGACACGUAAGGCCUUAUACAUUUUAUACAUCAUUACAUUGAGAAGCGGUUAUAUUCAACUGUAUAUAAUUAAAUGCUCGUGGAUUAAAUGGGGAUUUAUAUACGAAGAUGUACUCUAGCAUACCUCGAACCGCGAUUGUAUAAAAAUAUAGGUAAAAAUUUCCGUUGAAUUUAUUUGAGGCAGAAAUAACCUCUGUUUGCUAUUUUAUAUAUCUCAUGUUGGAUAUCAAACUGAGUGUGAAAUAUUUGAAGUACUCAAGUAAUCAAUAUUCUAGAUUCUACGUUUUACUGACUAGCAAGCCAGCCAAGGCUUCGCUAUAAAGGCUUCAUAUUUCAAACUAGUAUGUUCUAGUCAUUAUAAUUUACGGCAACGAUCGAGUUACUUUGUGAGUUAUAUUGUGUGUCAACGUCAUGAGAUAUUAGAG